GGUUACCGGGGAAAUACAAAAUGGCGGAAAAUAACACAUAGCUUUCAUAAACAAACAUUUGCUUUUUUAGAGUGCGUGUGAUUUAUUUUAAAGCAUGGCUGCUAAGCAAGUACAAGCCUACUUAGAGAGGCAUCACAUUGGAGCGUUAUUUGAGGUAACGAUAUUAAGAUCGUAAAUAAAAUCCCACUGUUUGUUUGGUGGGAAUUUAAUUCGAAACAAUAUUAAGCUUAAGUGCCUAUCAUGUUCACGACGCUUACCGUCACGCUGUUCCUUUUACUGUUUACGUUUAUUGUUAUGACAUAAUUUAAAUUAUGCAACUAGAAUACCUUUAAGUUUAAACUUUUUGCCGUGUUUGUCUAACAAAGAGCCUUACACGCGUAUUUUCACCUUACUGGCAUGGGGAUCACUGCUAAAAUAUAUUCAGUUUCUUUCUUUCUGUCUUUCGUUUUUUUUAAUUACUCAAACAUAUUCGAAAGCAUCUUGCACCAAAGAACUUUGGUUAAAGUUAAUACCAAUUCUAUGUCAAUGUUAGGCUCAAUAACAACAAUAACAGUGAUGAUGAUGAUAAUGAUGAUGACAAAUAAAGAUUUAUUUAAAGAAAAUCAUAACAAUGAUAAUAAUAUUAUCAUGAUAAUAAUAAUAAUAAUGAUACUGAUAGUAAUAAUAGUAUAAUGCACUUAUCAGUGUUGUUCUGGGGGUUUGACCCAGGGAACCCCUGGGCAUUUGCACAAUGACGUUUGCAAACCCCAGAGUGUGAUAUCAUAAUGUAAUGACAGCCUCUGCUGAAGUUAAUGUUGUGUGCUAUACACCAAACUACAAAUGUGUAUUUCCGCAGUCCACAUCAUCUUCAUUCUUUUAUUUCUAUGUUUCAUUCCUUUAACGGUUUAAGAUGAACUCAACAAAUUGGCCUGCUCCAAAUGAUUGGGUCUUCAUAGCUCAGUUGGUAGAGCACUGCAGCGCUAAUGUAGAGGCCAUGGGCUAGACCCUGUUGAAGUCCUGAAAUUUUGGGGGGUGACUGUAUUUCCUCAAAUAAUAGCCAGUGUUGAUUAUUUCUUUUUUCACACCAGAAGGGGGCAAUAAUUCGAGGGAGGCCAUUAUUUUAAAUAUAGCUCACUAGAAGUAGAGCCCUAAAAAUUUUGUUCUAUUUUCCCAUAAAAUGAAAAAAGUAAUCACAUGAAAUAAACUGAACAUUGGCAUUUUAAGUGUUCCCAAUUUGGUUCCUUGAUUAAUUUUCAAUGUCAAUGUCCUCAGCAUCACAGCUUGAAUCGUCACUGAUCAGUUUUGCUGAAUCAGACUCCACUUUAGCUUCAUCCUCCAAGUUUAACACUAUGGGUAUCCUUUGCGGGUAACCUAUGGGAGUUGGGGGGGGGAAUUAUUCGAGGGAGGCGAUUAAUAGAGCAACGGCCUUUAUUUGUACGAGGAAAUACGGUAAUUUGCAAUAUAUUGCUUAAAUUGCAAUUACCACUGCGACAAUCACAUCUUCAUUUAAACCAAACUAAAACUGUUGUUAAGUUUGGUCCAGUACAGGGGUGUUGUUGUACUGUGUUUCAGCUGGACCUAAAUGAUACUGAAAGAAGGUUAUUGAAUUUUUUUCAGGAUCUGAUGGCAAAAAUCAUCAAAGAUACACCUGAAGAACCAGUUCCUUUUCUUAUCAAAGUCUUAAAAAAGAUGUAUGCUGAAGGAAGCUCCAAGGUACAGUUGUUUUUAUUUGUUUCUUUUAAUUUGCUUUCUAUUAAAGUAUUUUGUCAAUUUUAGAUGACAUUUUUUAUUACUCUUAAGCACAAUAUUAUUACUUAGUAUAGUGUUACAGGUUGUUGAAACAUAUUUUGAUAAAUAGGAUUUUUACGUUAAGACAUCAUUUUUCUGUUGAUUAUGCAGGGUCCUGGGUCAUCUCUCCCACCAUCAGGAUCAAAGGCAGCAUUUACGAGAUCAAUGGGCCUCACAGGAACAUCAGUGGGGAGGCAUUCAUUUGAUGAAGGUAGAAAUGCGUUAGCCAAAUCCUGGGCAGGGCCGGAUAUCCAUACAGAGGGAUCAAAAUACCGACCUAGCAGUGCCUCCAAAGCUGGUCGAGAUUACCCACGACCCUGGCUGAGUGGUUCAAGCAAGCCUGGAAAGGGUGGUGGAGCUGUGGACAAGGACAACAUGCGACCACUUAGAACAGGUAUAAUGUUUAGAUGUGUUAAUGUUUAGAUGUCCAAAAUCCUGAGGUUAUUCCUAAAUAUUGGGCCUACAGUAUAUAGCUUAUUUUGUUUUGAUACAGUUUUUCGUAGACCACUUUUAAGGUCACCGUGAUUGAAAAACAUUGGUAUGGUCUCCAAAAAACUGUACUGAAACACCUUAAAUGGGGAUCUUAUAUUUAAACAGUAAGAUUAAUGUUGGCUUUUUUAUUGUAGUGGGCAACAACGAACGACCUCCGUGGAAUAGCAAAACAGCCGUUCCUUCACAUGACUUUGAUGAGUGGUUCAAUAUGCAGCACAGGCCAACCAGGACUGCUGAUGAGGGCUCCCUGGGUUACCAAGGGAGUAAGUAACCUACAUUGAACUUAACUAUAUAAUCAGGGCUUCUGAUGUUUCGCGGAAAAAAAAGCAAAAUCUCGCAGGAUUUUCAGGGGCAAAUUCGCGGAAAAAUCGGCCAAUUUUGCGUUGAUAUGACCAGCAUUUAUUUAACGUUUUUUUAACAAGGAUAAUCAUUUGCUCUUUCAACAACAGUUCGCUCGAGAAAUGAGCGAAUGCUAAAGCUGUUAACAUUAUGGUUAGUGCCCAGUUUUUCGCAACGUUCAUCUAAGAACGCCUGGUAGUUUUGAGACGUUGUUUACUUGUCGCAGUGACGAAGUUUCAAGAUAAAUUUGGACGUUUGGGGUGAAUAGAACAGGUCUAAUAGCCAAGAUAAGUAUUAAAUAUGUUUUGCCGACAUGUAUUUGGAAAUAUUUCUGGCGGAUUUUGCGGUAUUUCGUGUUUUUUUGGGAAUUUCGCGGGAUUUCGCGGAAAUACCUGAAUUUCACGGGUCCGCGACCGCGCAAAAUAUCAGAAGCCCUGUAUAAUGAAUAAAUUUAAAGCAUGAAUAUAAAUAGGUUUGUGCUGUGGCUAGGAAACUUUUAACAUGUUUUCCAGUGAGUUUUCGUUGAGUUCCAGUUUGUGUCCACUUCUAAAUCAUACUCUUAAUAAAAUAUUAUCUUUAUUUGGUAUAGCCUGAAAGAACACCCGACAUUUGGCAACGCUACUACUGGCUUACCCCGCCAAUUUGUCUUAGAAACAAGCUGUAGAAAUUCCAUACUGAUGACGCGUCACUACCCAGAUCUGGGUAGUCCUUCUGAGUGGUUGAAUCAAAUUUCUCACAUGGCCUGACCAAUAAUUAGAAGCACUACCCAGAUCUGGGUAGUGAGGUGUCAUCAGUACGGAAUUUCUGUGCUCGUUUCUCAGACAUUAUUUGGUGGGGAAACCAAUGGUAGCGUCACUAAAUGUUGGCCAUUUUCUCAGGCUAUAAUGAGUACAAAAAAAGGGAAAAUGCCUAAUGACAGUAUCUUAAAAAACUGACUGACAGUUAAUAAGUGGGAAGUAAUUAAUUUAUUUACCUCUUACUUUUGGUUUACUUGUCAUGCUAAUCAAUGUUGUGCGAUUGUAAGCUGAUAUUUAAACUUUAUUUUCCUUUCAGCUUCUUCAUGGGGACAAAAUGGUGAAAUGGUGAGAAUAACAUCAUAGUUAAUAUCAAAAUUAUAAAACAUAGCUCAUUUCAAGUACAGCCAUUGCACCUGUCAUAAAAAGAAAUAUUCAGCUGUGCUUUGCAACCUUACUCUAGACUUAAGCACCAAAAUUUUCCAAGCUUUCCCAGGCUAAUAAUGAUUAAUUAUUAACCCAAAACACCCCCUUAAACCUGUAACCCAAGAGUGAUCAACAGCAAAUUUCUUCUAACAGAAAAGAUUAUGAGAAUUAAUAAAAUGAUCACCUAAGGUUUAAUGCUGUGAUCUUUGAUUUUUACUAAAUUCUCUUAAGUAGUUCUUUAAGGAAAUAUAUGGAGAAUUUCUGUGCAUAAUAUCUAGGUCUGAUAUGUGUCUCUCAGUUGAGGCGUUCUAUUUUAGCUAUUUUUCUCCAACUCUUUCUCAAUCAAUUUCUGGUACUGUUUAAGUGGUGUCCAAUACUUUUUGCGUAAGGAACAGGCAUAUGGUGAAUAGUGUUUCUGUUGUAGGUAAAAUUGAUCUCAGGUUGAAGUAGUAUUUAACUUAGUUUGAUUCAAAAUUUUCUUUUGUUUCCUAGCCCUAAUUAUUCAUAGGAGAUAAGGAAAACUCUGGUUUAACCUGAGAACAGAUUUUAUCUAUAACAAUUCCACUUUCACUUAUAUAAUUAUCUCACAGGAAAUGCCUGCAGAAAGAACCGUGAUCUACAACAGACAAACAACAGUAACAGGCCCUGGGAGUUACGCUGAUGAUGAUCUUGAUGAAGAGCUUUACGUGGGAAGAGAUGAUAAAAUCAGAGAUGAUAGAAACACACCAUCAGUGAUAUCACACGAGUAUGUUUAUAUUUUGCUUUGUGUUACCUCUGCAAGAUAUUAUACUCACCUCCCUCCUUCCCUCCAUUUAAAGUUGUUCCUCCAACUUUUGAGCUUGGUCAAUUGUAUUGCUAGCAACUUUGAUAUAAAGGGAAGGAGGGGACCACAAGCAGGUCAGUAAAGCAAAAAAAAGUACAGUGUCUCAAAUAUUUUUACAACUGGUUGUAGCUUUCGUUUCUUUAAGCCUGCCCCACUAGCCUGCUCCACCUGCACCAAGGGCUGUUGUUAAGCAGGGGAAUUCCCCCAGCUACCAUUGAAGGUUACCACUGGCUACUUUCAAAAAAGUUCACGGAAAAUAGAACCGAAGAAAUUUUCAGUGCUGUUUGAUUCCCCGCCUGCUUGUUGUAUUUACAUGCCAACUAAAAUAGUUAGUGACAGCCUCCUCUCUCCCUGCUUUAAAUUCAAACUUGAGUGCAGUGGUCAAAACUUGACUCAGUGAGUGUACACAUUGAAGAUCCACCUCGACUGGGGAUCACGGGGUGCUCAUUUGAUGAGCCUGAUGCCAUCAAAUUUUUAGCCUCUGGAAAAUAAGAUCAAAGUUAAUAUUUUUUGUUUACAUGAAGCUUUUGAACAGACAGCACUGCAAGCUACUGCAGGCCUACUGCAGGCUGGGAUAUUUAAAUCUCAGUCACCCUUUUUCCAAUAGUGAUAGAGAGGAGGCUAAGUGAAGCACCAUCUUCUUUAUGGUGGUGGGGUGGGGGGUGCCAGAGGUGAGCAGUGCACACCAUCAUUCUAUGGGUUAGUACGUCCUGGCUGUACACAAGGUUUUUGAACAUUCUUAGCCUGCAUAGCAUGGCAGUUUUGGUUGGGUGUGCAAAGUAAUAAAGAGAUAAGGGAGGGCAGAGAAGCCGUAAGGCUAUGCCGCUCGUUUGCACGCACUUUGCGCGCAUUUUUGCAGCUAUGCGCUCAGUAGUGCUCCCAACAAAACUGCCAUGCUAUGCAGGCUAGAACAUUCUCUUUGUACUCACAGGAAAAUGUGGAGUGAUCACUUGCCUUACCUUGUUGCCUUAUUUCAUAAUUUAAUACUUGCUUUACAUGGUAGGUCCAGUAGAUCACGGAAACAAAAGGCCCGGCAUGCUGCCGAGCAGCAUCGCCGACAACUACAGGCUCUUCUUCAAAAUAAGAAUCCAGGGAGGCGUGAUAUUAAUGGGAUGAAUUUUGAUGACCUACAUGAUGAUGGCACUGAGUUGUUAGGUAUGGAUCAAAAAUACACUUUCUUCUGACAUUACCUGGCAUUGAAAAACAGUGAUAUUUUUUAAAAUAUUUGAACUAGGAAACUUUCUGCUGUACAGUACAUGUAGGUGGACACAUGCUAUAUUAAAGAGGACACAACCCAUUAUCUACAUAAAAAUUCUUCAAAAUGAUCUCUAUACAUUUCCUUAAAGAAUUAGUUGAGAGAAUUUGGUAAAAGAUCAAAGCAUUUUCCCUGAGGUGACCAUUUUAUAAGUCCUCAUAACCUAUUCUCUUGAUGAUGUAUUGAUAUUCUUAGGAUAAUAUUUGACCUACUCCUCUUUUAAGGGGACAAGUUUGUUUGCUUUUUGGGUAGUUUGACAAAAGUGUUAAAUUUUUGGAAAAUCAGCAUUUAGUGGUAUGAAGCUUUUUUCUCUAUGCCCUAGAAAAUGUGGAUGAGUUAGAAGAUGAAGGUGUGUCCAGCAUGAGCAGCACUGGAACAAAGUUAUCCAAGGUAGUUUUUGUUUGGUUUUUGCUUAAAGUCUUUCCUAUACUUUGUGAUCAGCUGAAACAAUCUUCCGCUUUGUUCUCCACCAUUAAGAAGUCUUCCUGUACUCUGUCUAAGACCCAGUAGCAAUGACUAAACCAAGAGCAGAGACUUCUUGUAGUUAUAAUAUUAAAGUUGACGUUUCGAAGCGGGGUAAACUCCCCUUGCUAAAUUGAUGUGAAUCUUCUUUGGUUGAACAUAAGGAGCAAAACAAAGGAAAUAUCUUCUGCUUUACUACUCGUUAAGAGGAUGAAAAUCAAGCACGAUGGUAAUCUUAAGCAACUUAUGAAAUGUUGAGGAGCGACCAGCAAUUACAAGUCCUGUUAAAAAUUUGUGUUCGAGCUCUUGUAAGCCAUGCUAGGGCAAGAAGAGUUUUUGACCUUAUUCAGAGACAGUUUCUAUACCAUCUUGGUGCAAAACCCGUCACUUUUCCUUGUUUUAUCGCUGUCAUUAUUCUAGGCUCAGUUAUUUUGACUCCUUUGUUUUCCUUGGUUUACGUCAUUCGUGGUUUUGGAAUCUGCUGCAGUCAUUAUUUCAAGAACCUGGAUAAUAUUAUGAAAAAUCAUGAUUAACCUGGGUACCAGAGGUUUUUUCUCGCGUGCGGCUGGAUGCAUCUGUGUUAGUUAAAAACAUUUCAAAACUUUGGCAUAAUUUGCAAAAAGCACUGUGAAUUUUAACUUUGCAAAAAGAUACUUUGAAAAAAUUCAGCUGAAAAUUUAGCCGAUAUUCAAAGACGUGACCGAAACCUGAAACCGCGCAUGAAAAGUCUGUGGCACCCAGGUUAGUGCUUGUUUUGUAGGAUGUAAGAACAUGUUUGCCGUACUUUCUUUUCUACCCCAAAUAAUAUUGUCUCAUUGUCUUUACAUCAAACGCCUCCAGUCUGUGAAACAAGGAAUGGCCACAUCAGAAUCUAUACGAGUCAGUAUAUGUGCAAGAUGUGCCAGGUAAGUAAAACAACAAGUUUAAUCGUACUUCCAGGACUUUACUACCCUGCGUGGCAGAAGCACGCGCAAGAGAGGAGGUCUCUUCGUCUCUCCUCUUGCGCCAUUGUCCUGCUCCCUCGCGGUCAGCUCCGCCCUUCUUACUUACAACCUCAACCUCCCGUUUGAUGUUUUUGGUAUUCUUGCAUUUCUUAUGUUCAGUUUAAGUCAGAAAUUCAGGUACCAUAAAUAAGCCCUCCCUUUUCAGGGGAAGAAAGGUAAUACCUCCCCCCCCCCCCCCCCCCCCCCCCCCCCCCCCCCCCCCCCCCCCCCCCCUCCUUGCCCCCUCUUCUUGUGGGCUGUUUUACACCCAUACACGACUUUUUUCUCCUUUUUUCCUCCUCCCCCCCCCCCGUUUCCGCCACCCAUCCAUUCUCUCCCCAAUCUGCUUACUCCGAUUUCUCUCUCCAUCUUCCCCCCCCCCCCCCCCCCCCCCACCCCGCCCCCCCUCUCUUUUAAUAGGUGGAUUUACGGUACUUAGUAUUUGGUCUUUGGAAAGCCCUAAACGCCAUUUUUGCGAGUUUAUUCUUGCCCAAGCAGCCUCGUUUUCAGGCAAAUAUGCGUUCGAUCAACCUAGUUUCCAAGCUAGUUGUAUCCUCUGUAAAGGGUAUCGGUAACCCAGAUAUCUCUAUAUCCCUCAGAUACAGUUAUUAAAUAUUAUUUGGCCAACAGUGGUGAGAAGCAAGACUCUUACCUAAAACUUCUUGGUGUUACAAGAAACUAGGUUAAAAUCCAACCUUGGCCCUCCGUGCUUCUUAUAUGAGGUUACCAUGGUUUGGAUUUCAGUUCUAUUUUUAGAGUCACCAUUCAGAAGCGUGUAAAAACUAUACGAUACAAGUGCCGAUUAUGCCAUUUUUUUUCUUGUAGAAUUAUCAGUGGCCAACCAAGUGAUCGAAAGUCGGAAGGUAAGAAUUUUGACCUUUUGACGGCUACAUUAGAAAGUAUAUCAUCCUGAAGACUGUUUGUAUUUGAAUCUUUAACUUCUUCUAUUUCAGUCGGCAGUGUUUAUUCUGGAAGUGAAGGUAAGAACACUUCAUUUUUAAGGUUUUCAAAGGUGUUAUUGCUGUUGAAAAAGACUGUAAUGGUCUUUCAAUGUAUGUUUGUUAAGUGAUUAUCUAAAUCGUGAAGACAGUCGUAGAAAGAAACUUCUCUGCCAAUAGACUCUGUUAGCAGGAAAAAUGGAAAGGUCUCUACUUUCACGGGUAUUCCUUGGAGAAACUUUGCAUUAAAAUGUUUACAAAGUUUUUGGUUGCAUUUGCGGGAAAAAUAUAAGAAAACGUUCAAAGUAGCCAGACUGCAAAUCAUCUUAGUUGCUAAAAAAUAUAUAUCUUCGUGUCGCAACUGUUCAUCAGUAGGAUGCCUUCAUUUAUCUUUUUUGGGGGUCAAUGUAUCCAAUUUAUAUUGUCUUUUCUGUUCAGAUUCUUAAUAUUCAAACCUUUUUUCGUGUAACAUGGUUUAUUUCAAGCACCACUUUUUUCUUGCGCAUUCUUGUCAGGCUUUACAAAACGGUACUGUUUCAUUUUCUUUGACUUAAUGAAUUUUACAGUUCAUAUUCUUUUAUCGCUCUUGUGCCUUACAAACCAUUUGCUAUUUGAUUUCCUAGUUGAUGAAAAUUUUGACAGUGUUUCUCAAGUUGGGAGUACGGUAUGACUUUAACAUUGAUUCCGUCACUUUGCUUUUAUCAAGUUUCUUUGAAUAUUGCGCGAAUUCUACGUCAUGCUUAGCCUUUUUCAGGCUCCUGGCUCCAAGAUAGUAGUGCAAUCGUUCGGUAAAAAGUGACGCGAAAAAUGCGUGGGGCUUGGGGAGGGAGCGGACCGCCACCGCCCUCUUUCCCAAAUCGCGCGCGUCGUACGUAUUUUCGCUUUGGUUGUUAUAUUUUCGCGACUUCCCUAGGAGCCUGGCACAGGCUACUUUAUGCAAGUCUCUCACGCAGGCGUUUUCUCUCCCUCCUCACUUGUGGGGAAGAAGGAAAUACAACUCUCUUAAGAAUGCCAGCGUGCGGCGCUCACGUCAUGCACUCAUGUACUUGCAUGGUAUCAGAGAAAAUGAAAAAUCAACUCAUUUCUGUAGCAAAUUACGGGCAAAAAAUGGGUUUUAUUUUUCUGUUUUGUUUGACUUUUGUUGUUUGUUUACCAGUGUUUGAACCAGCUGUAUAGUAUUAAGUUUCCCUCCUUUUGCCUUAUAACUCGUGUUUCUGCCAUUUGCGCUCUGUGCGUGUUUUCUACUUUUUCCCUGUGUAGCACAGGUCUCAUUGUUUCCCGCGCUUUCUACCCAAAACUUGUCGGUGGUGUUUUCUCGCGCUUCAGAACUCUUUCAUUUUUAUGUGCUUUGCUGCUUAUACAUGCAUGACUUUCAGCAGAUGUAGACUGUUUUUCCGUCUUCCCGUUCUUUACUUCUAUAAUUGCAUUAUGCCCGUUCCUUGUUUUAUGGCCAUCUUUGGCUACGAUUGGUUGGCUUGUAGUGUGUGUAAUGACACCAUUUUAUGUUUUUUCUUUAGACUGGGCUAAGGAGACCCCCUGUUUGGCCUUCAGGAUUUGAUUCGGAAAGUAAGAGAUCCCAUAAUUUUUACUUUUCCCUUAAGUUUCCCUUGUGUAACCGCAGUAAAGUUAUAACGACCUAAAACAAUAUUGUCUCAAAAUGUUAUGACUGAUAUUCGUCAAGGACUGUUGAUAGCAGAGCUGAAAACCAAUCCAUUCUAACCCUUCUGUCAAAAUCAAAUAAACCGGGAAAAACACUUGUAAGCAUUCAAGCCAUCUUCACACAGCGUUCGUGUAGGUUUUUAAAUAUUUGGCGACAGGUUCAUGUUGGCGGAGCUAACAUGGACCAAAGAGUGUGCUCGCGAGAGGUCGUUUGAAGAAUAGCUGUAUGCAUAUCAUUCUUACCAAUUUCUCUCCAAGUGUGCGUUUAGUAACGCCAUCGUAGAUGAUAUCCGCCUGUCAUUUCUUUAUCUUACAAGAUUGAAGUUAGUUCAAAUUAAAUUUCCUUCAGCCUUAAUUUGUUUAAACCACUGCAUAACUUUAUUCAUAAAAAGGUUGCUAACUGUAACUUAAUCAUAUUGUAGACGUGAGAUGGUUUCUUGAAAAAAAAAAUCUAAAUAAAAUGUUAUUUUUAAACUGAGUGUCUUAAAAUGUCUUUUUCUUGUUCUGAUCCGCAGGUGAUUCUAGCCCGCGUAAAGGUCAACAUAUGUGGCAGAGUGCAAGUAGAUCGCCAGCGAAAGGCAAGCACAUGUUUAGGUAGGGCUCAAGUGUUUGUCUCAGGGCUCUUUAACUGGCGUGCCGAAGACUGUAAGAAAAUAUGAAAAGCAACACAGCAGAGAAAGCACAGAUGGCUCGCAAAAACAAAAAUCGAAAAAAAUGAAACAAAGCCAGCUGAAACUGCAUUAUCAGGUUGAACAGUAGAUCACUUUCACUGUAUAUAGUCAGCCUAAUUUGGAUCGUUGGUUUGUUAAAUCCCUUUCGAAAGUUUCGUUUUUCUAAGAGAGAAAGACCAAGAUUUCCGUAUUUAAUAUUUGAUGGUCGUACUUACAAUUUGUCAGAAAUUUGCGUUUUUAUAGUUACCGCACUGGCCAUAGAAGAAAACUGGCUGGAAAUUUUUCGACCUGACACUCGAGCGCGGAAAGCACUAAAACGGAAUUUUUGGCUUGCUGCUACGUUUUUAAUCAUAGCUAGCGCACAUUAUUGAAGAGGAAGAGAUCACGGUUAAGUCACCAUUUUGUUCCGACCAAACAACUGAAAAUAUGCGUUGUGGUCAACUCUCACUUCACUACUUCGCAAUGCCAACAAACGCGUUGCCUCCCGAUUUUCCCCCUGAGUCAGUUCUCGUUGGUCCUCGCAAAAUAUAGAUUUGUUCCGCCUUCAUGGUAGGCUCCAUUUUCACCGCUCUCUCGGGUCCAGCCUUUUUCCUCGUUUCCCGAGCUGCUGCUGGUAAUCGGGCCUAAUGGCGAAGAAGUGAAGUCAGAGUUAUAAGCAUGGAUAUGAAAUUCGUCAAUUUUUUGUGCUGCUAUUUCAAUCUUCCAUUUUGCUUUUCCAGAGGGGGAUCCUUUACAGAUGACCAUCCAGAUAGUUCAAGGCCCCAAACGGCAUCUUCGAGCCGGAGUGACUUGGUGUACUCAGGACGACAACAGAAAUCGUGGAAGUUCGAUGGAUACUCAUCAGACAAUGACGUAAUGCCUUGUGUUCAUUUUAAGGCUGUGUUCACACUAUUCCGGACAGCUUUUCGUGCGGACAAUCCGAUACAGUGUGGUUGACCGAGAGGAUUUACUUGUCUGAAUCCCAGUCCUUACUGCUGAAUAUUUACUUCUGUCUCAGUGGGUUCCAUUCACGUCCGCUACGGUCCGAAUACGCGUUUCACACUACACCAAAGUGUGGCACAGAACCUUUCCGAUAUGUGACGCUCCACUAUCGAGAUCGGCGCGGAGCAGAUUCGCUCCGUCAGAGAAAUCGCACCGGAAUCACCGUUCUCAUGUGUGAACAGAAGCCAUUCUCGGUAUCGUUUUCGUGCCGGCGCAACGGCUAUCCGGUACAGUGUGAACAUAGCCUUAAAAUAUUCCUCCAUGUUUAAUUUAUAACAGGUAUCGAUAAUUAUUUAGUGAAAUAGUAGUCUAAAACAGUCCGAGAACGUGAACACAAUCGUCAUUUGAAAUUUCAAUUCUGGGCCCUUGGACACAAAUUUCCGCAGGGCUAGCGUCAUUGAUAAAGUUUUACAAUUGUGACUUAAGGCUUUAACAUCGGCCAGUGAUGGCGUUCAUUUAUAUGAUCGUAUUCUCAAAGUGCCGCCGAGACCUAAGCCCGCCCACUGGAAAUGAAACUUGAAAUAAACAUGUAAUGGGCAGCUAUGGGCCUGUUUACACGGAGAUGGAGGACCCCUGGUAGGUGAGGUAACCCCCUUAGGUGGGGUAACCCGCCUGUCCAUAUAAUCUCUCAUAAGGUCACCCCACCUAUCACUGACGUAAACGUGAUCAAAUUAAAAUGAGAGAUUAUAAUUUAUAGGGACAGGCGAGUUGCCCCACCUAAAUGGGUUACCUCACCUACCUGGGGUCCCUCACCUCCAUGUAAACAGGCUCUAAUUCUGCAUGCUGUUGCGUUUCACUUGGUAAGGCUGUCUCGCAUGUGCUAAAUACUAAUGAUUGCUUUAAUUUGAUUGUUAUUGUUGUUAAACUAGACGGAAGUCAAUUUUGACCGAGAGGAGACCCCUAAGUUAGGAGAACGUCGGCCGUGGUCCCGGACACCACUGGAGAGCGGCAGCGAGACGGACUGGGAACCAAGGCUGGGUAAGGCGAAAUUUCUUGGUAGCAUUUUAAAAUGGACAAUUUGGCGGGCUUUAAUGAAAUAAACCAAUGAAAAGCGAGAAUCAAACAAUCAGACGAUGUAAUCAGCCAAUCAAAAUAGAGAAGCCACCACACUGUUCGCGUUGUUUUCAGCGUUGGUGGUAGCAUUUUGAAAGUUAAAGAGCUGUGUCACGAAAGUAUUUAGCAAAAUUCAAACAGUGGCAACCGCCACCAAACUAAGUGAAAAAAGAAAAUAACUCAUAAAAAACAUGAAAAGAAUGUAUAAAUAGCACAGCAAAUGCAAAGGAGGCGCGGAUGGGCAAGCUUGGAGAAGAUUGAAAGAAAUUGCAGUUGUGAUUUUUGAAAACUUGUUAACCUAACAGUUUUCUAGCAUUUUUUGUUUUUUUGUUUAACGUUUGGUAUAAUACUUGGGAGACAUCGGUUUGACACAAAGCUCAGGGCAUAAAUGAUAAAGGGCGAAAUGCCCUUUCAAGGAAACGAAUUCCUGUAAGAAUUUGACGAGAGAGGGUAGACGCCGCAUUCUAUUUCCGAAUGAGCGGUCCAAGAAAAAUAUCUUCCUAACAUCUGAUUGUCUAACUUUUUUUAGGAAGAAGAGCGCCUGCUGGCCGAGGAUUUGCUCGGUUUAACAGCGGAGAAGACUCUGACUCAACAUAGCAAGUAUAAAUUGAUUCACAUUUGUAAUUGAUGCGUUCGAAUGCAAAGGGACACUGUGUUUACGGGACCGAAACUUCGCAAGUUUCUAAAUUUGAUGGAAGGAAUCCAUUAAGUUCUAACUAAGCCGUUUAUAGCAUUCAAUAUUCACUUCCAUAAGCAAGG